UUCGACUUCCGGAAGGUGGGACUUCCGGAAAGUGGGUAGUCCGGGGAAUUCGUAGAGUCCCUCAGCACAUGGAGUGGCUACAGCUAGCCGGCUUCUGAAGAAUCUCGGAGGCGCCGCAGGUGCUAGCCGUCCUCUGUGCUAUUCCUGCCCGGUGAAGUGCGGGCAGCCUCGGUCAUGGAUUAUCGGCAGUUCCUGAUGAGCCAGGUGGUGCCCGGCCAGUUCGACGACGCGGAGGCCACCGACAGUGAGAACACAGAUUUGAAGACAAUCAAAGCAGAAGAUGGCACUCUCUUUGAAGAUCUUCCAACUAAUGUGACUGAGAAGGGGGAAGGUGAGAUAGAAGAUGAGGAGGAGGAAGAAGAGGACUGUGACGACGACGACGGCGACUGGGACUGGGAUGACGGAGCUGGAAGGCUCACCCGGGGCUCUGCCUGGAGUGGAGGGAGGAACCCGCAGGCAAAUCGACAGACUUCCAGCUGCAGUGCAGCCAAAAUGUCUACUCCAGCUGACAAGGUUUUACGGAAAUUUGAGAAUAAAAUUAACCUAGAUAAGCUAAAUGUCACUGAUUCUGUCAUAAAUAAAGUCACUGAGAAGUCUAGACAAAAGGAAGCAGACAUGUAUCGCAUCAAAGAUAAGGCAGACAGAGCAACCGUAGAACAGGUGUUGGAUCCCAGGACGAGAAUGAUUUUAUUCAAGCUGCUGACAAGAGGGAUCAUAUCAGAGAUAAAUGGCUGCAUCAGCACAGGAAAAGAAGCUAAUGUGUACCAUGCCAGCACCCCAAAUGGAGAGAGCAGAGCCAUCAAAAUUUACAAAACUUCUAUUUUGGUAUUCAAGGAUCGGGAUAAGUAUGUCAGUGGGGAAUUCAGGUUUCGUCAUGGCUACUGUAAAGGAAACCCCAGAAAAAUGGUGAAAACUUGGGCGGAGAAAGAAAUGAGGAACUUGAUCAGGUUAAACACAGCGGAGAUACCGUGUCCCGAACCAAUAAUGCUAAGAAGUCAUGUUCUUGUCAUGGGAUUCAUUGGCAAAGAUGACAUGCCCGCGCCACUCCUGAAGAACGUCACAUUGUCAGAGUCCAAGGCCCGGGAGCUCUAUCUGCAAGUCAUUCAGUGCAUGCGGAGGAUGUACCAGGACGCCAGGCUCAUCCACGCGGAUCUCAGCGAGUUUAACAUGCUGUACCAUGCGGGCGGCGUGUACAUCAUCGACGUCUCGCAGUCUGUGGAGCAUGACCACCCGCACGCCCUGGAGUUCCUGCGGAAGGACUGUGCCAACGUCAACGAUUUCUUUCUGAAGCACGCUGUGGCAGUGAUGACCGUGCGGGAGCUCUUCGACUUCGUCACGGAUCCGUCCAUCACACACGAGAACAUGGACGCCUACCUCUCUAAGGCCAUGGAAAUAGCCUCUCAGAGGACUAAGGAGGAGCGGUCCAGCCAAGAUCAUGUGGAUGAAGAGGUGUUUAAGCGGGCGUAUAUCCCCAGAACCUUGAACGAGGUGAAGAACUACGAGCGGGACGUGGAUGUGGUGAUGAGGCUGAAGGAGGAGGACAUGGCCAUGAACGCACAGCAGGACAGCAUUCUCUACCAGACUGUCACAGGACUGAAGAAGGAUUUGUCAGGAGUCCAGAGGGUGCCCGCACUCCUCGAAAGUGAAGACGAGGAGAAGACCUGUUCAGAUUCUGAGGACGCCGAGAGCGCCGGGCACUCCGACAGUGACUCUGAGGAGCAGGGAGGCCACGAUCGGGGCCAGAAGCACCCCACCGAGCCCGCCGGGGACCGGAAGGAAAGAAAAAAGAUGGUCAAGGAAGCCCAGAGAGAGAGAAGAAAACAAAAAAUUCCUAAACAUGUGAAGAAGAGAAAGGAGAAAACCGCCAAGAAAAAGAAAGGCAAAUAGAGCCUGACCUGGUCAGCUGCCCGCUGGCCCCUCCUGCGUGUGGACGGCUGCGCCCCUCGCUGGGGCCCCGCCCUGCCCUGCCUCCCCACCUACCCGCCUCUGUGGACAGGAUUUCUGCAGUGCAGAACAUCACAGAGAUGUUUAUUUUUAUGUAUUUUUUCUUCUGCCAAAUGUGUCGGAAGCACCCUCAGUCUUUAACUGCGGGGCACAUCCAUGGCUGGUGUGUGAGUGUAAAGGCACGUUAGGCAAACUUA